UAUUCAUCCAAUUUACAGUUAAAGCCUAUUGUGUCUUAAUAUUUAUUUAUUUAUUAUUUUAUUUUACUUCAAUUUAAAAAUAUAAUUUAAUUUAACAUCCUUAAGGACUUAAAACCCCAUCCAAAGAAUGAAUAGCAAAACAGUUUUAUUUAUCUCAGUGCUAGUGUUCGCCAUCAAAUUAUGCUCGUCGUCACCAGUAGCACAUGAGGAUAAUCAACAAAAUGUGGAUAUAGAUAUUGAUAUUGCGUGCAUAGCAAAUUCAACAUGUCUUAAAAGUGCCUCAAAUAAAGUUAUUCGUGCAUUGAAAUUGAGAAAGUCAAUUGACUUUGGAUUACUUAGUAUUACGCCAUUAAAAAAUGAAGGAAUUGAAGGACGAUCAUUUACAAAGUUCUGGGAUAUUGCAAGCACAAACUCUCUUCGUAUUCCUCUUGGACAAUAUUCAUUGAGUGUGCAAAAGUCUGAAGAACAUGAAAAUUACCUCGAAGUUGCUGUCUCAAAGACCAUUGUUGAAGGACGUGCACGACGUGAUAGAAAGCAAAUGCAAUUCUUCGUUCCAUCAUUCUUGGUUGCAUCACAAGUCGGUUGGUGGCUGCUUGCAUUAGCUGGUGUUACUCUUCUUUCCAUUAAAGCAUUCUUGGUCUCGAAAAUUGCUCUCGUUAUCGCAGCUGUUAUGACAUUCAAGAAACUUUUCUUACAUCAUCACGGUAUUCCUGCACCUUAUUAUGAACACCAUGAGCCAUUGAUGGUUCCAUUUAAUUUCGGAGAUUAUGGCGCAUUCCAAGGAGCAGCUGGAUUCCCAGGUGAUUAUCAUCAGCAACUUCCAAUCGGUCCAGAACACACAGCUGCAUUACAUGCUAAUGGUGGAUUAGGAGCUGAAUCCGGUGUCUCAAAUAUUGUUUCAAAUGGAACCGGAAGUUCAACAAUCGUAUCAUCAGCUCCAGGAUUGAGUGCGUACUCCACGGUAGCAAGACAUCCCCCGAUAAACUUCUAUGGAAAAAAUCCAUAUCUGUUUAGAAAACCAUAAGAAGAAGAAGCAACGUGAUUGUAUCACAGGACGACACAAAAAAAGGAAUCCGGGUAUCAAAAAAAAAAGUGAAAAAAUAUAAGUUUGUGAAAUUUAAUUUAUGUCUGUGUUUUAAUGCCUCAUAACUUAUUUUUUUCUAUCAUCUAUGAAUUCUUUACAAAGAAACACAAAAAAAAUUUGGACAGUGGAACCGAACUAGAAUGAGAAUUUCUUUAUAAAAUUUCAUAGAUAAAUGUGGCAUGAAAAAAAUGAGAGAAAUCUCGCUUAUGUUAUUUAUUUAAGUUAUUUAUUAUUUAACAAUGAAAAAUUGAAAACUUUAUGUUUGUAAGGACCUGAAAUGAUAAAAAAAU